AUGAGUGUUUUAACCGAGACGGCAGCCGUUUCAAUGGAAAUCACUGAGCUACCAAGACAUGAAUCGUCUGCUGGGCCUGAGCCUGUCCAUUCUCUACUGCGGCAUGUUUAUUCCUGUUUGCUUGCAUUUUUCUACAUUUUGAACUUAACUGUGUUUAUUGUUUGUCUAUGGAUAGUUCUCAUGGAUGGACAGAGUUAUUUACUUGAUGUCACGAUGUCUUCAGAAAAAAAACCACCGAUGAAAUGGGUUGUAUGGCUUGGAAUAGGGAGUGGAGCUAUUUCAAUGCUUGUUUGCUCUUUUGGAAUCCUCGGCUUGUAUGGUAAAGUCAGAUAUGUUCUAAGUGUGUUUAUCUUUGGUCUCGCAAUUGUUAGUUUCAUGCAAGUGGCAAUGGGUUUGACUGCUCGAGAAUUCAGGAUGAAUUACAAUGAAACAACGUUGAGUAAUUUCACAUAUGACUUGGCACGCCGUCGAUAUGGAGUUGAUAGAUCGGCCAAAAUGUUAAUGGAUAAAAUUCAAUACUAUAACGACUGCUGUGGCGCUGAACAACCUGAAGACUAUUACUUCACUGAAUGGUUCAUGAAACAUCGAGAUACAGACGAAAAAGCCUUUGUACCUCUCACAUGUUGUAAAAUGAAAGAAGAAUCAACUUUUUCUGACAUUAAACCGUUGAUUGCGACUUGCACCAAAGUUAUGUACACAGCACAUAUAUUCCAGUACUUGGUGAAAAGAGAAGGUUGUUCGAAAAUCUUUAGUCAAAAAGCACUGCAGUAUCCAAUUUAUUUCGAGUUUCUAGGAUUGUCUAUGGCUUGCUAUACAGUUUUAGUUCUACUAUUCGUUCUUUUGAUGAUCGACAAAGAACUAUACUACAGUUCUCUCUUAUCUUAA